CAUCCAUCCUAAAGCCAAAGGAAAAAAACUCUUUCUCUCUCUCUUUCUCUCUCUCUCUCUCCCUAAAACGAAAUUUGUUUCGUAGUAGCCCAUUUUGCGGUUUCUUUUGCAUGGCACUGUCGCUCACUGCCUAACUCACACUGCCGGGCUGUGAGCAGUGGCGUUUUCUUCUCUUUUCUAUAAGAAAACCCCUCCAGUUGAACGUUCUAGAAGGUAAUCAUAUAUGGCUUCGCCUGAUGACUGGGAUCCUCAGAUGAUGCUCGACCUGUAUUUGCAUGAUUAUAUGGUGAAAAAGAAAAUGGAUAAAACUGCUGCAAUUUUCAAAGGCGAGGCCAAAGUUCCUGAUUGCCAAGUCGUGAUUGAUUCCCCUGAAGGGUUCUUAUAUGAAUGGUGGUCUGUACUUCAUGAUGUUUGGGCCUCUAUGCAUCCAAAGAAUCAGGGAGACAAGGCUGAAGCCUAUCUUAAUAAGACUCUGCAAAUGAAGGAGAAUGAACAACGAAAUAAAUAUCUGAUGGAGUCACAUUCAGCAAUGAAUCAGCAAAUUAGGCCCGGAAAAUUUCAAAUGGAUAACAACUGUCGUAAGAUGUUGGGGCAACCAGCUUCUAGUUUGUUGGCUGCAAACAUUUAUGAGGACGAGCAUCAUCGAACGGAAUCUGCUAGCAAGCUUGAUCCCAGUUUGCAUUUACUUGAUGUCAACAAAGUGAAUCUCUCAAAGUCGGUUGCAACCAGUUCAAGCAAUCCUCUGGAACAUAUGUUCAGGAUGAUUCAACAGCAGGCUAUGAGAGACAACAGAAUUGGUAUCAACUUAGAGAAGUCUGUAGCUAUUGAUCCUUCACUUUGUGGACUGCAAAAUGCCGUAUUCCAAAUGACGGGAUCUCAUGAUUCAGGGAUGUAUAAAGCAGGGAUGUAUAAAGGAGUCAAUCCAGUGCCACUGAAUGCAUGGCCUCUUCAAAAAUCAACAGCAGAGCUUCAGCAGCCACUUUUGGCUCAACUAUUGACAGCACCUGAAAAACAAAAAUCUGUUGCUGGAAGUUCUACUAAUAUUCAUUGGUCAAAUCCGAUGCCUCAACAGAGUGAAUGUCGGGGAAAGGAUAGACAGAUGAUGGUUCCUACGAAACAAAUGGCAGAGCACCAACUUCAAUAUGAUCGGCCACAGAAGCAGAAGAUAUUAAAGAAUGGCAGAAAGAGGAAGGCAGCAUCACAUUUAGAAGCUGGAGAAAAUCCUUUUGACUGUGAGAAAGCUAAGGAGGAUGUACCUGUGUUAGACAAUGUUGAGUCGUUCUUGUGCCAUGAUGACGACAUUGCCAAGGAUACGAACACACCUUUCAGCAUUUUAAAACGUCCUUCCACAGCUUGUAAUAAAAAUGAGCAUCAAGGUUUCUCUUUUGAAGAGGUUGCCUCCCUUCACUUGAGCAAAGCCAAGGUCUUGUGCUGCCAUUUUUCAUCGGAGGGGAAGUUAUUGGCCAGUGCAGGGCAUGAAAAGAAGGUUUUCGUUUGGAGUGUGGAAACUUUUGAUUUUGUUAAUACUUCAGAAGAACAUUCUCUUCUCAUUACAGAUGUCCGAUUUGGACCUAGUUCAUCUAUUUUUGCAACAUCUUCCUUUGAUAGAACAGUGAAAAUCUGGGAUGCAGCUAGACCAAGCAAAUCAUUGUUCCAGCUAGUUGGGCAUGCUGAACGAGUUUUAUCGAUAGAUUUCCAUCCAAGGAAGAUUGAUCUCCUAUGUUCAUGUGAUAUAAAUGAUGAAAUUCGAUUCUGGAAUGUCAACCAAUCUUCUUGCCUGCGUGUAUCUAAGGGAGCCAUAAAACAAGUUAGAUUCCAGCCACAGUCUGGAAAGCUUCUGGCCACAGCUUCAGGAAAUGUAAUCAAUUUAUUUGAUGUUGAGACCGGAAAUCUCCAUUCGUCCUUCAAGGGACAUGUCAAAGAUAUCCAUUCAAUUUGCUGGGAUCCAAGUGGGAAGUAUAUUGCUUCUGUUAGUGACGAGAGCGCUCGAGUUUGGUCAACUAUAUCAGACGGAAAAUGUGUCCACGAAUUGCAGGCAAAUGGCAAUAAGUUUCAAUCAUGCACAUUUCAUCCUGGAUAUUCUCAGCUCUUGAUUGUUGGCGGUUACCAGUUCCUUGAGCUGUGGAAUCCAACCGAGACCAGUAAAACGUUGUCAAUUUCAGCGCAUAGUGGGUUAGUUACUGCUCUAGCGGACUCAGUACAGACUGAAAUGGUAGCCUCAGCGAGCCAUGACCAGUGUGUGAAGCUAUGGAAGUAAAGUGUGCAUGCCAGCAUGAGAAGGCAAGGAGAUUUUUCUAAUUUAGAUUUCGAAUACUGAUACACUAUUAGAAUAUAGGCUACUGGAGCUCUUUCCAAAGGCAAUGGGUUGCUCAAUGAUACUUUUGUAAUAGUCAUAGCAGAAAAGGUUUAAAAGAAGGUGCAAAAACGCACAAUAGUUAUACUCCAAUCCUUCAUAAAUAUAUACCCGUUAUAGACUCAAAAACUUGCAAUGAAAUGUUAAUAUUAUAAA